AUGAAUCAUAUGAAUCCAGUGAAAGAAGAAUACUUGGAAUCAUCACCAUCAUCAUCAUCAUCAUUUCAGUUAGGUAGUGAAUAUCCACCAAAACCAAUUGAGGGACUUCAUGACACAGGACCCCCAGCGUUCCUCAACAAAACUUUUGAUGUUGUGGAUGAUCCAGUUACGGACCACGUUGUUUCUUGGAGCAGAGACGGCGCAAGCUUUGUGGUUUGGGAUCCCCAUACCUUCUCUGCAAGUCUCCUUCCGAGAUACUUCAAGCACAACAAUUUCUCAAGCUUUGUCAGGCAACUAAACACUUACGGUUUUAGGAAAAUUGAUCCAGAUAAAUGGCAGUUUGCAAAUGAAGGAUUCAUCAGAGGGCACAAGCAAAUGUUAAGAAGCAUAAGGAGAAGGAAAGCACCUUCCCAAAUAACAGAAGGUCGCCACUGCGUUGAAGUUGGACGUUUUGAAUUAGACAAAGAGGUUGAUCGUUUGAGUCAUGACAAGCUAGUGCUAAUGAUGGAGCUUAUGAAUCUGAGACAACAGCAGCAGAAAGCCAGAAUAUACAUUCAGGAGAUGGAGCAAAGGUUGCAAGGGACUGAAAUCAAGCAGAAGCAUAUGAUGGCAUUCUUAGCUAGAGCCAUAAAAAAUCCUGCCUUCAUACACCAACUCCGACAGAAAGAGAAGACAAAGGAGGUUGAAGAAUCCUUGACUAAAAAGAGAAGGCAAAUUGAGCAAGGAGCUAGAGGUAUUGGAGAAUCAAGCAGUGGGGGUGAAGGAAGGAGCAGUGUUAAAGUUGAGGCCUUAGAAUAUGAGGAUUGUGACUUUGGAGUGUCAGAGUUAGAAAUGUUAGCAAGGGAAAUGCAGGGGUUUGGAAAGGGUAGGAUAGAGCAGGAGGUAGAAUCUGAGGCACUAGAAUCACAAGAGAGGCUGGAUAGAUUACUUGAUGAAGAGUUUUGGGAAGAACUAUUGAUCAGUGAGAAGUUUGGGGGUGGAUUAGACAUUCUAACUACUGAAGAUAAAGAUGAAGAUGUUGUCAAUGUGUUGGCCAAUGAACAUGGUUUCUUGGAUUCAAGUCAUUAA